UAUUAUACUGCAAUUUUUGUUUUUCCCUACUUUUGACUGAAGAUUCAAAGCAAUUAUUUUUAUUUUCUGGAAUGAAAAAAAAAAGUUAUUUUUGCUUUUAGAAUUAAAAAUAAUUUCAAAAAUGAAUGCAUAAAUGAACCAGGUUGUUUACUUUGAAGUGUGACUUUUAAGGCUUUUUCACUGUAUUAUUUACUGGUUGAGGACACUGGGAGUGGUGCUCACAGUUGCAAAGGCAAGGGGCUGAGUCUAAUGAGGUCACACCCUGUAUGCCCACCACGCCCACUGUGCCACAUGACUGACACAUGUUUUCCUGCCCUUUUUACUCAGCCUACCAACAAUAGCAGGGCUGCAGAGGAGCUGUCCUUGGUACUGAGAGUGAGAAAUGGUGUGAGCGAGUGCAUGCAAGGAGGAAAGAGGAGGAGGGUGGAGGCGUGUUCUUUGUUUUGUGAAGCCCGAGUUAAUCUGCUGUGGCAUCCACUCAGAGAGGAGCUCCACAUCCGAGAACGAGCACUGCCGUGAGGUGCCUGGCACAGACCGCGCUGUAGUGGGUCCUUCAAAAACUAAAAAAAAAAACUAAAAAAAAACAAGGUUUCACUUAAAAAGGUCUUUGCCUGAAUGUGCAUGUCAUGAAUGUUCAUCUCAGAAGACUUGAGGAGCUUUUUGUUUUGUUUUGCGCUGUAUAGGACUUUUAAAAGUGCACGUGGACGGCAGUUAGGAAGGAUGCUUUUCUCAGGUUAUUCCAUUUAAUGUUGUUGCACUUUAGUAGGUGUAGCAUGUACAGAUGAAGAGGAGUGCAUCUUUCAGACUGGAGUUACGUACUGCACAUACCCAGGGGGCUGAAGGUUCUUCAGCUACACGGAGCUGCAGACAACCACUGUUUACGGCUGCACUCUCCCUGCUUCCUGAUUUUAUGCGGGAAUUUGACUUUGCGGACUAGAUCAUGAUUUUGCAAUGGCCUGAAUCAUUUCUGUAGGACUGGAGUUGUAAUCUCAGGAUAUCAGUCAGGUUUUGUCCCACCUACUUUUGGGAGCCUAAUGGAUCUACCUGAACUGGUUGACACUGUAGCCUGCAGGGACAUAGUUCCUCUGUAAGUACAAAACUAAUUUGAGCUCUUGUUCCUUUCAUUUUGGAACUUUACAUUCAUCCUUAUAUAACUUUACAUACAACCUUGAUAGGACACUAUAGCUGCACUCUCACGCACACUUGCAGACUUAAUAUUUCACUCUGGCCUUGACAUUUUACAUUGAAGAUGGUGUAUCCAUCUCUCUAGCUGUUACCUAAAUACAUGUUUUGUGCUCACUUUUGGAGAAUAGAGUCAUCUCUCCUCAGAAGGUCACCUGCUGCACAGAUUGUCAAGUGAAUGGCGGAGGGAGGAUAAGAUGAGAUAUUUUAAGAACAUGAUAGAGAAUCUAGGAAGGAUACAAUUUCAAGGGAAGAGGACCAAAUUACAGGAAAUACAGGGUCUCUGAUGGUUAGACAUAGGCCAGCUCACUCAGCCAUCAACAGUAUGCAUAUACCUGAAUUGUGUUAACAUGACAAAAAGAAAAAACUAUUUUUUUGUAGUUUGCUAACUCAAACUUGCUACUUACUAUUGCAGACUUCCUACUGACUCAUUCAGUAAAGUCAUGUGACAUUAAAUGCAAUAAGAAUAACGCUUAGUAAAUAUGAAAGUCUAUGGUCAACACAAGUUUUUCAAAGGUCAACUGAAGAUGCCAUUUUGGACAAUGGUGGUAGGUCUCUGAGCUGGUAGUGCAUUACCCAUCUGGCUGCUUUAACCCCCCUCCCCCCUCCAACUCCCUCCUCACACACACAUACUGCCCCUCACAUGUAAACAAGCAUGCACAGAUUCAUGGAUCACUCUGAAAACACUGACCUACAUAAUACAGAAUGCUGUCUCCUCCUUCUCCUAGAAUUCUGCAGAGGUACACUGCAAAAGACUUCACACCCACACACUCUGCAUUACUGCAUCAGUAUGAUUUUAUGUGCACCCCCCACCCCCCAUAUAUAUAUAUAUAUAUAUAUAUAUAUAUAUACACACACUUACACACAGGGUUACUCAAGCUCAAAAAAACUGUGUACAGUUACACAACACAUUGCGACUUAUUAAAUGCAGCACAAAUGGUCCACUAACCAGUGUCCUACUACUGUAUGCUUCAUAUUCCAGACUGAGAAAUGUACUGGCCUGUUUUCAUGAUUUCACCAGGCUGAAUACAAUACUACAGCUUACUAAUAAACAAUCUCUUUGUAGGUGUGCUGCUGAGCCUUAGAGCUCCACUAUCUCUCUGCGUUUGCUGACGAAGGGAGAAUCUCAUUGACCCAGAACCCUUGUUUAUUUACACAAUAUCCCAUUAAAAUAGCACUGCCGUAAGAAUUCAACAGUUCUAAGUAUUUCAUUAUCAUUGCAUUAUCAUGACUCUAAUAUGACAGAAAACAGCACUUUAACAUCUAUCUAUCUAUCUAUCUAUCUAUAUCUAUCAAAGCAAUUUGAUAAUACAAAUAAUUACAAUCCUUUAAUUCAAAUGAUCACAAUUGUAACUUUAAUGUUUACUGUUUUUAUUUGCAGAAUACCCUUUUGGAAUGCCUGUAAGCAAUGAUUAACUAUAAAGAGGAAGAUUCACUAAUGUUUUUGCAGUAUGUUGAGGACUGUGGACUAAGAGCAUAUAACAUAUUGGUCACACAGAACAUUGACCACGUGUGGAAUGAGAAAAAUAAGAUUAACUUUCAGGAGAAGAACAACAAUAAGCGAAAGCAGGAAGAAGCCAUUAAAAGGGGGGAAGAGGUGGUCACUGAGGGUAAGCACUUGUGAAUGGGCUCAAUGAGCAUGCCAGCCCCUGCGGAACACGUGUCCCCUCACCAGCACCAGCCCCCCUGUAAUCCAGGUUUCGCCAUUCGCUCCCAGUCCCUGCACUCCGUGGGAGAAGUGGAAGAGGAGGGCAGCCCCAUAUCCCGUAAACAGCCCCCACCCAAGCCCCGGCGGGACCCCAGCACUAAGCUCAGCAUCUCCUCUGAAGCUGUGGACUUCAGUCCCACCGGGUGUAAAGGCGAUGAUUCAGAGAGGUGUGACGGAACACAAAGCAGCAGUGAGGACUACAGGAAAAUUCCCCCACCGAAGCCUAAGAGGAAUCCCAACACGCAACUGAGCACUUCCUUUGAUGAGUCUUACAUCCGCAAUCAUGGUUCAAAAGGUUCUCCCUCCAUAUUCUCAAGGGAUGGCCAGGCCCCUUCUCCUCCUCAGCCGCAAGGCGCACAGGACUCAGACUUAGAUGAACCAGUCUACAUUGAGAUGUCUGGGAACGUGGGCCGAGAACCGACCCCUCGUAGUGAGGAAGAUGAGCCGGGUGAGGCUGUCUAUGAAGAGAUGAAGUACCCUGCCCUUGACGAGUUUGACUCACGUUGGGAUCUUUUGAGCUGUCGUUCGCAGUGUGCCACACCCUGCCCACCUGAGCUUGAUGUUCAUGCCCCCCUAAGCCGUUGUACCACCCCUCGAGGCACACCCAUUUGUGACAUUCCCGCCCCAUUCCCUAACUUGUUGACCCACAGACCACCUUUACUGGUUUUCCCUCCUGCCCCUGCUCAGUGCUCGCCCAACUCAGACGAGUCCCCACUUACCCCUCUCGAUGUAGCAAAGCUUCCUAUGUUAGAGAAUGGCUCUUAUUGCAAGUCACCAACCUCAUCUUCUCUGGAACCUUCUGGCUCUGCCUCUACGUCGCACCUAAGACGUGCCGAGAGGGAGCUAACAGCCACUCCUACAAUAACAGUAUCUGGCCGAUCGUCGGCACCACCAUUGCCCUGUGCCCUCUAUAAAAGUUCCUCCUCUUCACACGGAUAUCAGCGCAGCCACUCAGCCUGCCCUUCACCUGUCAGUAUGGGCCGCUGCCUGACGCCCCUCAGCCUCAUGCGGUCACCACCUUUUGAUGGGCCAUUUCCUACAGCAGGCCUUCCUCGCAGCGCCUCAGCCACACCUCAUGGUAAGGCAUCACCGCCACAGGAUGCAAGCUCAGGGGGGCGGCAUCACGGCUCUAUGCAGAACGUCUCAGUGGCACGCUCACGGACUCCCACUAGCCCACUGGAUGAGCUCACCAACCUCUUCACCACUGGGAGGAACAUGCUAAAAAAGAAUACCAGCGGCAGAAAGAGCAAGGAACCAGGAGAAAUUGAAACCAGGGGAAAGGGUCACAGUUCUGAGUCCAAACGGGAGCACAAGGAGAGGAGCCAUCACAGCAAAGAAUCGAAGCGAGAUAAAGACCGCAGCAGCAAUGGCAAGUCCUCUCAUCGACGGAACAGCAAAGACAAAGAGCAAAAUUGCAUCGAGGCCUUAUCUCGACAUGACAGCAAGGACUGUGGCUACAGUAACGCUGAGCCAUUAGCCAGAAGGGACAGCAAGGACAGUGGAUGUAACGGCCCAGAGCAGGGGCCCCAACAAGAAAGCAAAGAUCGAGGCAGUAGCACUGAGGUACUGCUUCAACGAGAUAGCAAAGACAGGGGCUGCAGCAGUGCAGAACCUAUCACCAGAUGGGACAGUAAAGACCGAGGUUGUAUUGGUCCAGAGUUAUUCCCUAGGCAAGACAGUAAAGAACUGCUAAGAAAUGGUCAAGACACCAGACGUGACAGCCGAGAGAAAGUUUGCUAUGGGAUAGACCUUCCUCCCAGACAUGAAAAUAAGGAGCAGGGCAGAACAGACUUGGAAAGUCAACGAGAUAGUAAAGAUGGUGGCAAGCAUGGCAUAGAAUCUGUUCAGGACAAGGAAAAGAGCAACCACAGUGCAGAGAGCAUGCGGGGGAGCAAGGAAAGGAUCAGCAAUGACAAUGAUGUCAUGAGCAGGCGGGACUGCAAAGAUAGGGGAGUACACACAACUGAGACUUUACCCUGGUAUGAGGCAAAAGAUAAAAGCAACUAUAACACAGAAUCACCCAAAGUACAGGACAAGGACACAAGGUCUGGAUCUUCAGCCAUGGCGUCAUCCAGUCGUUCUGGACGAUCCUCCAUGAGUCCAAAUAUAAUAUUGGGGAACUCAAACUCUGACCUGAAGACAGUUUCAAAGGCAGGAAGAUCUUCUUCCACAGCAGUAGCACCAUCUCCAAUAGGCACACCUCAGAGACAGCCUUCUGAUGUCCAACAGAUGCCCCCUAUGCCAUGGUUGUAUGGUGACAGCACCAUGCUGGAGAUGAUCGAGAGGAAACAACGCCUCUGCCGGGAGAUACGCUCUCGUCAGCGACUUCCUGAUCGUAGCCCAUGCAAAAAAGAAAGCCUGCCUAUGAUGCACAGUUGGAAGAAAACAAAUGGGGCGAAGAAGUACAGCCCACCCCCCUACCCAACUCAGACUACUGUCUUCUGGGACACAGCCAUUUGACUUGGUCUUGUGAGCAAUUUAGGGCCAUGCCCUGCCCUUUAUUUUCAGGCAGGGUUGAAGCCAGUCAGAGUGUGCUCCCACCUGAGGAUGGGUGGGUGGGGUUAAUAUAGCAAUAUUUCAGAGGUUGCAAUUUAUGAGGUUUUUGUAUCAUUGUUAAUAUCUAAUAUUUUUAUACUCAGUGUGAUUCCUUAAUGACCUAGCAUCAAUAGAUAUUUUCUAAAUUAAACAGAAUAUCUUUGCAAAGAUUAUGUAGAGUUAGUCCAAUGUAAUCAUUGUUUUUCUACCUUUAAUUUAUUUCCAUUUUUAUUUAUUGAUUUAUUUUUUAACAUCGCAAUACGCAGUCAGUACCUUUUCAUCAAUAGCUUUGACUUAGCUUUCUAUUUCAGGACCUCUGGAAAUGACCUUUCUGUGGUAUUUUACCACACUGAAUGAAUUCUAUUUUAACACUGGAUGUUAUGGUGAUUGGAUUAGGGCUAGCUUACUUCUCGCUGCCUUUCCACACAUUAUUAGAUCAUUUAUUUGAAUGUCUAAUAUUAAGAAAUAAACCGAUAAAGCAUUUCUCAAAAGUCCUUUGAGAAGGAUUUCAUUGUUUUUAACCACAAUCUUAUUUGUUCUGCCUUUAUUUUCUGUAGUGGUAAGUUUCAGAGAGUAUGGCUCUGAUUUAAGGUCAGGUCAUUGCACAUAGAAAAAGGGUAACAGUUAUUUUCUGUGUAAAACAGAAAAUGUCUCUUUUAAGGGAUGUUGUAACUUCUCUGUGUGUACAUGGUGUGUAGAACUGUAAAAACAAGGGGUGACCCUCUCUUCUUUGGGUCUGUGGCAAUAGCUGGCAGGUGCCAGUGAGAAUCCUCCAAAGUGCAAGGAUGGUCACCCAGAGAUAAAUGACAAUCUGGAAUAUCAAAGUUGUAUUUUUUGCAUCUCAGCAUUAUUGAAGAAUUGUGUACAUGGAUAUUUGUAAAAUGAAAAGAUUUUUGUGCAAUGGUCUUGUAUAACGACUGUGCCAUUAUUUAUCAUACAUUAAUGGAGUAGAUUGAUUGGAAAUUUCAGACAGACACAAUAUCUAUAUUAGCAACACAAACCAAUGACUGAUGGCUCUCAGCUAUUGUAUGUAGUACCCAUGGCCACAUGAGGGGCUUUCGCACCGGAGAAACCUUUUCAUAUUUCCUAGAACUAUUGGCUGAAGUACCUGGAUUUCACUGUGUUCGCACCGCAGGAGCUAGGAAUGAUUUUAGUUCUAGGAACUCCUUUUUGGGGAAAUAAAUUAGCUCCUACUUUAGAGUAGGGUCUAAACCAGCACAAUAGGAACUAUCAGUGAUGUAAGUGUACGCUGAUUGGUUAAACGCAUGUCAAACACCGGCACCCGGCAUUUUUAAAAAGCUGUGUAAACAUACUUCACGAACAUGGAAAACAGCGAUAACGGCAUUUAUCUGUUGUCUGCAGGGUUGUAUUCUUUUCUCCGCCACAAUGAUAUGUAAUACUGAAAAUUGUCAUAGGAGAUUUCGUCUCUUAGCCCCACUUUUUGCUCUUUCAGUCGCAAAAAUUAUGCAUUUAAAUUCCAUCUCUGUUAUCACAAAACCCAUGACACACAACAAACACAGCUCCGAUCACGGCAUCCUCCAUCCACCGUUUUUUAGAGUUUGUAAAUGCCAUGCUUAAAGGCAACGCUGUCGGCCUCUUCAGAGUUCCUAUUCCCGGUUUGAAUGCAACCAGGAACAUGGCCCAGAGGUGAAAUUAGUUGUUUUAUUAGUAAUGAGUUCCUAGAACUAUUCGGUGUGAAAGCCCCUGUGGUCUGGUAACAGGAAUUAUGGCUGCAUAAACAAAGAGGCUGUACACAAGAGAGCUGCAAUUCCACAAUCCUUUGCCACAUAUUACCUAACUGGAUACAUACAGUUCUCCCUCUACCUCAACCUCUCAGAUCAGUUCAAGUGGUCAUUCAUUUGCACAACAAAUGCAACAAACAAAUGCAGCAUUGCAUUGCCAAAGUACUUAGAUCUUGUAGUAAAAAUUCCCUCCCCAUCCCCCUGUCUCAUUCUUUCCUUUGACCUCCAUGUUUGAAACUGAUGCCUGUACAAAAUGUGUUGCCUUGGAGACCGGUGCUCACUGUAACUGGGUCACACUGGGUGAGAGGUUGCAAAGACUGUAGACUAUCAGGGGUAAAGGUAUUGUGUACCGGUUGCUAGUUCACAGGCGUUUUGGAUUUGGGGGAAAAAUAAAACUAUUAAACAGCUGAAAUAGCGUUUGAGAGUAUGAGACAGAUUGUCCAUUUUAUUUUCCCUCAUAGCAGUCAGAGGUUGAGUAAGCUGAUCCAAGAUUAGAGAUUAAGGGGAACAAAUAACCAAGGUAGCACUUGGACCGCAGUCUCAAAAAUAUGAAGGUUCUGAGAUGUUGUAGCCUGUUUAUUUCUAUGUGUGCCAAGCUACGUUGUAUGCAGAUCAACAAUAAAGAUGAUUGUUUGAAAUUCACUCUCUUGUGGACAGAGGGUGCAGUUUAGAAAUGUAAUGAUGUAAAUCUCUUUGUAUGUAAAAUGUGCACUGUGACAGGUAGAAAGCCUAUGUCCUUUGUCUUAUUGCACUGAGUGUUCUCUUAUCUGUACAGUAAUGUUUGAAAAAAGUAUGCUGAUUGUCACAAGAGACUUUUCAAGAUGAAAAAAAUAAAUAUAAACCUCAAACUUC